AUGUAUAUACUCGAGCAACUCGCGCGGUUCCUCGACCGACCACUCUUCCCUUGGAAGAAUAUCAUCGUGGGGUUUUCACUUGGGCAGUAUAUCCUGGAAGGGCUUCUGUCGCUUCGGCAGUAUAAGAUUCUACAGCGAACCAAGCCUCCCAAGGUCCUCGAAGGGGAGGUAUCACAGGAGGUCUUUGACAAGAGCCAGGCAUAUGCUCGCGCAAAGGCUAAGUUCGGCUUCAUCACCGGUCUGUAUGGACAAAUCCAAAAUAUCGCCUUCGUCUAUGGAAACGUCUUGCCCAAGAUCUGGGGCUUCAGCGGUCUGUUUCUAGCACGGUACCUUCCCUCGCGUUUCCAAGGCGAAAUUUCGCAGACACUGGUCUUUUUCUUCAUCUUCAAUAUCAUCAGCACGGUCCUAUCCCUCCCGAUAUCGUACUAUGGCACGUUCGUCCUGGAACAGAAAUUCGGGUUCAACAAACAGACACCCAAGCUGUGGAUCUCGGAUAUGCUCAAGGGUCAGGCACUAGGGGUUGUUCUCGGAGGUCCGAUUAUAAGUGCCAUGCUCAAGAUCAUUCAGAAGACUGGAAACGAGUUCUUCUACUAUCUUUGGCUCUUUAGUGUCUUUGUCCAGAUCUUCGCCAUCACCAUCUACCCCAGUGUUAUCCUACCGCUGUUCAAUAAACUUUCUCCCCUUCCACCUGGUGAACUCAAGACUGGCGUGGAGAAUCUAGCUAAGAAGUUGAACUUCCCCUUGUCGGAGUUGUAUGUGAUUGACGGCAGUAAGCGGAGUUCUCACAGCAACGCUUAUUUCUAUGGCCUGCCGUGGAAGAAGCACAUUGUUAUCUACGAUACAUUGAUCGAACAGAGCGAACCCGAGGAAGUCGUUGCUGUCUUGAGCCAUGAACUUGGUCAUUGGAGUCUUGGCCAUACCACGAAGCUCUUGGGUAUUACUCAGUUCCACAUGUUCUACAUCUUUGCGCUCUUCUCGGUCUUCGUUAACAACGAAUCGCUGUACGAGUCCUUUGGGUUUCACAAUCAACAGCCUAUCAUGAUUGGAUUCUUGUUGUUCUCGGAUGCCUUGGUACCAAUGGAUGCUGUGCUCAAGCUCUUUAUGAACAUCCUGAGCCGAAAGUUUGAAUUCCAAGCCGAUGCCUUUGCCCUGAAACUUGGCUACUCCGAUAAGCUCGCGCAGUCGCUCCUUAAACUCCAGAUUGAGAACCUGAGCGCCAUGGAUGCCGACUGGAUGUAUGCCAGCUACCACUAUUCUCACCCCAUCCUUACCGAGCGAUUGAGUGCAAUUGGCUGGAAGGGUGGCAAGGUCACCGACAGCAGAAAGGAGGAUAGUGACAAGCCUGCCAAAGCGGCGGAUCGGGAGUUGUAA